GCAUUACCACGUCACGUGGUCAAAAGAAACGUCACUUGUUGUCAUAUGUUUCUUUUUAUGACAAUCGCGAUCACAAUCUCAACCAAUAACAUACACCAUAGCUGGCUUGUUAACUGUUGCUGCGCUGUGAUUGGUUGGCUGGAUUUAAGCUGAUAGCCUUUUUAAGGAGCUCCGAGACGCGGCCUCGGCCCCCUUAGCAAAAAACUUUGAAGACGAAAGUCUGAUUUGGAUUUUGCUAGCUUCUUAUUGAGAGAGAGAGAGAGAGAGAGAGAGACGGAGAAAUACACAUACAUACAUACAAAUACUUGCACACAUUCACCCAAAAACAGCAGCACUGUUUACUUCUUCGGAAUUUGGACUUGCUCAACACGAUGCCACGGGGCAAGUCUUUUCGUCGUUCUGAGGCAGCCAAGCGGCGCAUGGCAGAUCGGCGACAGGUUGACGUGGAACCGCAGCAGCCUGCCAAUACCUCGGUCGCACACCACGGCAUCGGUCAGCGCCAUGCUGUGCGACGUUGGCAGCAGUCGUCCCUGACGGGACGUCAGCACAAGCUUGUUUUGCCGUGCGAGUCCCCUGACAAGAAGUUUGUUCUGGUUGUCGGUGAUUCGCAUCUACGUGCUAUCGUAGAUGGCUUUGUCCCCAUGCCAGAGGGCUCCCUCUCCUUUGGCAUGAUGUGCACUCCCGGGGCCUGUGCGAUGGAGCUGAGGACUGAGUUGCUGCAUGCUGCUGUUCCUCGGACUCCUGACGCAGUCCUGGUCAUUGCACCAAGCAACAACCUGACAUCCAGCAGGACCAUCGACGAGGCAGGGGCAGACUUUGCUAAGUUCCUGCGCGCUGCCUGCUCGCGAUGGCCUAACGUGUGUGUCACAGACUUUUCACCCCGUCUGACCGUUGAAGUCCUUCAGCAAGACUUCUUGCGCCAAGAGUUCCGCCGUGUGGCAGCACGUAUGGGUGUCAGGUACUUCCCUUUUGCUGAGCAUUUCCCCAUGGACCGCCGUGAGCUAUGGAGCAGAGAUGGUGUUCACCUCAGCGAUAGUCAUGGCAUGCCCAUUUUCGCCGGGCUGCUGUGGUCUAUUGCAUACGAGUUCCUGCAGCCUCCGACACCAAAGCCACAGCCUGCUCCCAGACCGUCGCUGCCUCGUAGGCAGGUUCUGCCGAAGGUGGUCGUCAGGGGAGAGGUCACCGUACCUCGUCCAUCCAACCCCUUCGAGUGGACCGCCGUUGGCAAGGGGGGGAAGAGGAAGGCACCUGAGGAACUUGAGCAGUCCUCUGGUGCAGAGAGGGUGGUUCAGCAGCAGACUGGCGCAACUUCACUCCUGGAGUGUUCCAUCCAGCCCAACCCUGUUUGGUUCAGCAGUUCGGUGUUGGCUGCGAUGGAUGCUGUUGUUCCAUCCCAUCUUCCUACCCCUUCUACAGAGUCUACUGCUGUUCCACGAAGCUCAAAGCGUUCAAAAGUGGAACAUCGUCGGACUUCUACACGCCAGAAGGUCGCCGCCACUGCCACCGCCGCCGCCACCACCGCUCUUCUGAAAGUGGAUGCCAGGGGGGAGGUCGCCACCACCGCCGUCGCCGCUGCCGCCACCGCUGCUGCCGUCGCCGCGCCGGGGGGGGACCUUCAGCCUGUCGUCCCAGUCGAGAUGGGCAGUAUGCAGUUGUUGACUCCCACGCACGUGGUGCUGAUGGCAUGGUAG